AUGGUCGCCGCUGCUGCUACAAAGAAAACUACUCCUGCCAAGAAGGCCGAUCACCCCACCUAUGAAGCCAUGAUCCAAAACGCCAUCAUUGCUUUGAAGGAAAGAAAGGGUUCUUCCAGACCUGCCAUCAAGAAGUACAUCUUGGCCAACUACAAAGUCACCGCUGGUUCUCACUUCGAUUCACAAAUUGCUGCUGCCAUCAAGCGUGGUCAAGCCAAGAACCUCUUCAAUCUUCCUAAAGGUCUCUCUGGUACUGUCAAAUUGAACAAGACCGAGAAAAAGGCCGCUGAUAAGAAGCCUGCCGCUCCCAAGAAGGCUGCUGCCAAAAAGGCCGCUGCCGCCCCCAAGAAGGCUGCCAGCACCACCAGCACUACCACCGCCAAAAAGGCUGCCCCCGCUACAAAGGCUGCUGCCGCUAAGAAGGCUGCUCCCGUCAAGAAGGCUGCCCCCGCCAAGAAGACCGCUGCUCCCAAGAAGGCUGCCGCUGCCCCCAAGAAGGCCGCCGCUACCAAGAAGGCUGCUGCUCCCAAGAAGGCCGCUGCUCCCAAGAAGAAGGCUUCUACCACUGAAAAGGCUGGUGUCAAGGCUCCCAAGAAGAAGGCCACUGCCCCUAAGAAGGCUGCUGCUGCUCCCAAGAAGGCCGCCGCCGCCAAGAAGGCUGCCACCACCAAGAAGGCUGGUAAGGCAUAA